AUGGCACAACGAAAGCUACAGCAAGAAAUUGACAAGACGUUCAAACGUGUUGCCGAAGGUGUGCAAGCAUUCGAGGGCAUCUACGACAAGCUACAACAAUCGACGAAUCCCUCGCAAAAAGAGAAGCUCGAGGACAACCUGAAAAAGGAGAUCAAGAAGCUACAAAGGUCGCGAGACCAGAUCAAGGCAUGGGCUGCCCAGAAUGACAUCAAGGACAAGAAGCCAUUGCUAGAUCAGCGUAAGCUGAUCGAGACGCAAAUGGAAAAGUUCAAGGCCGUCGAAAAGGAAAUGAAGACAAAAGCUUUCUCCAAGGAAGGCCUAUCAGCUGCCGCAAAGCUCGAUCCGAAAGAGAAAGAGAAGCUCGAGAUAUGCGACUUCUUGGGGAAUAUGGUUGAAGAGCUGGAAAGACAGAUCGAGGUCACAGAAGCAGAAGCCGAGACAUUACAAGCGAAUAUGAAGAAGGGAAAGAAGGACACGGCCAAGGCCGACAGGAUAGCAGAGCUGGAACGAAUGGCCGAACGACAUAAAUGGCACCAAGGAAAGCUCGAACUACUACUACGAUCUCUGGAAAACGGCGGAGUGGAUACAGACCAAGUCAAGGACAUCGAAGAAGGCAUCAAGUACUAUGUCGAGAACAACCAGGAAGUCGAUUUCAUGGAGGACGACACAAUCUACGACGAUCUAAACCUCGACGCCGACGAGCAAAUGUUUGGUCUGCAAGGUGAAGACGAUCGCGUGUCUUCACAAGACAACCAAUCACAACACGACGAUAGUCCGGAACAACCUGAGCCGGUACAGAAGGUCGCACAGCCCACACCGGCGAAGCUCACAAAGCAAUCCUCGGUCGACAUCCCCAGCGCUCAGCCCAGGAGACCGUCAGUACAGCUCAAGUCGCCGUUACCAGCACUAGCUACGCUGCAUGCCUCGAUACCGAGUAGCGUAAACGGCAACGCGCCGCCGGGCAUGAAGCCCGCUCCUCUGCCAAACAUUCCCACUGGUCAAACUUUGAAAUACGCCUCGGCUGCAGCUGCUGCCGCCGCGAGCGACAAGAGCGGUGUUGGCAUCGCUCCCCUUCCGCCGCCGCCUGGUGCGACCGCCGCGACCGCGCGACAAAGCUCGACUGCUUCGCCCGCUCCAACCCCUUCACAACCAGUCACUCACCAACCUUCGCCGGCGCAACCGCCGCCGCCUCAACCUGCGAAAACUCAAGAGCCACCUGCCAAGUCUCCGUCGCCCGCUCAAGAACCUGCUCCACCUGCCCCGGAGCUCAAGGUCAAGAAGAAUGGAAAGCAAGCUCAACAGCCCUCGCAGGAUUCUGGCGUUGCUCUCACAAAUGGCGAGUCAUCUAAGCAACCACAACAACCACAGCAGCAACAAGUAGAAGAGGAGGAAGAGGACGAGUCCAUCUAUCAUCUGCCGUCAAGCUUGUCCGACCUGCUUGACUCUUUCACCGCCACAAAGCAGCGUGCCAUCUCAGCGAAUCCACCGGUACCAGAGGACCACUUGCUCUCCUUGUCACGGAGCAGUAUGCCCACACCUAUGGACGCCGAGAAACCAUACCACUACAAGCCAGCGUCGCCGUAUGCUUACACACCGGCUCACUACCCCCAAGAGCCUCUCACUGUGUUUGACGACCCGCGACUGUACAGUAGAAUUGAGACGGAUACACUGUUCUACGCCUUUUACUACCGCCAGGGUACUUACCAGCAGUUCCUGGCGGCAAAGGCAUUGAAGAGUCAAAGUUGGCGCUUCCACAAGCAGUACCAGACUUGGUUCCAACGACACGAAGAGCCCAAGAACAUCACCGAGGAGUACGAACAAGGAACAUAUCGCUUCUUUGACUAUGAAAGCACAUGGAUGAACCGUAGAAAGGGAGAUUUCAAGUUUGCUUACAAGUUCCUCGAGGACGAACUUUGA